CGGAGUUCAAGCGACAGAGUUUACUAGCUUUUGGGAGUGGAAAAUAAAAAAACAAAAAACGGAAAGAUGAUCAAACUAGCCAUCAUCGCCUCCGGUUUGGUGGUCGUUACCAUGGUGAUUGGACACGUCCAGGCCAUGUCCGUGGUUUUUCCGAUGAUGUACAAUUUGACCGAUAAGCAGACCGAUCACGUCAACGCCUGCUUGAAGCUGACGAACGAUCCCAGGGAUGCAAGGGGCACUUAUGGGCCGGUUUGUGGCAAAGAUGGCUUCAGCUACUGGAACCGAUACACGAUGCAGUGUUUGCAGAUGUAUAUUAAGUGCAUCGCGAAAUCUUACGAGGGCAAGUGCAACCAUGAUCCCACCUGGGCGCCACUGGAGAUGCGUCGCGAUUGGUGGACGCUCAAAAAUGAAGACGUCCGUGCGAUUUUGUCCUGUGCUGAGCAGUGUACGGAUGCAUUCGACCCGAUUUGUGGCACCGAUGCGAAAACCUAUAGUAACGGCUGUGAGUUGAAGUGUGUCAGCGAUCGGUUUGCAUCAGUGAUGCGCUCGUAUCAGGGCUUCUGUAUCCAAGAUUUGUCCGACCCGAAUGCCUGCCCCCCAAUCUGGCAACCGAUGUGCGGAAACGAUGGAGAAACCUAUCUGAAUCUGCAGCAUCUGAGGUUCACCCAGCGGCAUAAAAGGGAUCUAGAUCUGUACCAUAUCGGAGAGUGUGUCAUAAGGCCGGUUCUGGUCAAGAGAGAGUGUUUGAACGGAGGAUGUGCGCAUCCUUUGUAUAAUUCUGAUCCACCUUUCGGUGAACUCGUCUCAAAUGCCUUCGGCCCUGCUCAGAAAAACGACUUUUCAAAUGUGUACUACGGCCCUGAUCAAGGUACAAUGGUCUCAAAUGUGGGAAAUUUCAAUGAUCCGCCCCCAGUUCAGCCGGACGUUCCGAUUGUCGCACCCAAUAAGCCCGUUACUUAUCCCCCUUCCCCCGGCAAAGAUACGGCCGGAGAGGAAGAGUCAAACGAACUCGAACCGGAAUGUGAAUCCUAGUCUACAAGCGGAAUUUUUUUUUCUCAGUGUAUAUCUGUAACAGGCUUUUCAAAUUGAAGCAAUUAAAUUGGUUGUGUUGGAGUUUUUGUAUCUUACCCAGCUGGGAAACCAAAAAGAAAAUAAAGAACGUCAACUGUG